AUGUCUGAUAUUCCGCCACCACCACCACCUCCCCCUCCACCACCGCCGCAGCCGCAAUCUCAAACUGAUAGCAAACCGGAAACUGAGGAAACUAUUAAAGAUACUUCUGAUGCUGUUCUAGCGGAUAUACAGUCACCUCAAGAACUUACGGCAUAUGUUGAAACUGUACUUUUACAAUUGCAAACAAAAUUCGAUGAUUUAUCAUUACAUUUAUUUUCAAAAAUGGAUGAUAUGGCAUCACGGAUAGAUGUGCUUGAAAAAUCUUUAGAAGAAUUAUUGCAACAAUCUAUAUCUGAAGAAAUUGUAACUGAAGAAUCAAAAUCAUGA